AUGACGGGCACGCUCCGUACCUCACGCUCCAAGGCCGACAGCCGGGUAUCGCUCAUCUCCGAUGUGAAGCCUGAGCCUGCCAGCGGCGCGUUCACCUCGCUGCGGAGAUCGACACGCUCAACAACGCGCGACUCUGAGCCUGCAUCAGCGUCUUCCUCGUCGCUCGGGCUCUCGGCGUACGCGUACCAGGCUCCAAGCCCGCGCAAACGCGCCAAGAUCGAGCCGAAGGAGGAGCCUCUGAGCCCCGUCAAGCGCGGCAAGGCCAAGGCGAAGGUCGAGGAGGAUGACGAGCCGCUUGUCAAGGUGUCCAAGGAGGAUACGGUAGCAGCCAAGAGGGAGAAGAAGCAGGGACAGCCACUACCCGCGCGGACGAAGGCUCAUCCCGAGCCGGCGAGAUGGUACGAGCAGUAUCAGCUCAUCGAGAAGAUGCGGGCGGGCAUCGACGCGCCAGUCGAUACCAUGGGUUGCGAGCGACCACGGACGAUGGAGGGCCUGGAUCCGAAGACUCUCCGUUUCCAUAUCCUCAUCUCGCUCAUGCUGUCUUCACAGACUAAGGACGCAGUGACCUCGCAGGCUGUUAUCAACCUCCAUGAGGCCCUUCCUGGUGGCUUGUCUGCCGAGUCUCUUGCCGCCGCGACAGAAGACACAGUCGCCAACGCAAUCAACAAGGUUGGCUUCUGGCGACGCAAGACGGAGUACAUCCAGGCCGCUGCCAAGAGGCUCCUCCAGCGAUCAGGUGACGACGCCGGCGAUGUGCCGCAGUCCAUCGAGGAGCUGGUCGAGCUCAAGGGCGUGGGCCCAAAAAUGGGGUUCCUGGCUCUCCAGGCGUGCUGGGAUAUCAAUGCAGGUAUCGGUGUCGACGUGCACGUUCACCGCAUCACCAACCGGCUCAAGUGGCACAAGCCACCGACCAAGACCCCAGAAGAGACGAGGGUCAACCUCGAAUCUUGGCUGCCUCCACCCCUGCACAAGCCCGUCAACCCGCUCCUUGUCGGCUUUGGUCAGACCAUUUGCCUGCCGGUCGGCCCGAGGUGUGACAUUUGCCUCUUGGGACAGGAGCGCAUCUGCCCCUCAAGACAGAACGUCAAUUCUGCUGGCCGCAAAGAGGUGUCGUACGCCUUCAUGGAAGGGAACAGCGGGCCCAAGGUGGAGAUUGGGUACGAGGAAACGGAAACCCCGACCGGCCCAUCGGACGUCGGACCAAACGGCGACGCGCCACCGGGCGAGGUCGCGGACGCGUCGGAGACAGGGGUCGUCAAAGACGAGCACUGACCACCUCGGCGCUUUGGUUGGUCCCUCACACCGGUGUCGCCCGGUGACUGUCUCACUUGUGUGCUCUGAUUAGCUUUUUUGUGUGCGCACAGGUAGGUGCAGGUGUAACUGUGAUUGCUAUGUGCAUUAUGGG